CGAGUUGGGUUUAUAAAUCCUGGAACGACUAAUUGAAUAAACUCUGUUUGAGAGUGAAACGAAAGUUGGUAUACAAUGUAUUUACGAAACAAAAGUGCUAGACACUAUCGUAGUCCCUAUGUAAAUAAACGCUAGCUGCAGAAUUAACUCUUUGGAUAUGGUAUAGCCAUAGCCAAAGUAUUAAGAAUGGAUGCAAUUUGUCGCGCUUGCCUAGGCGUGGGUGCGAACGUGUCUAUACUCGCGUCUGACGACGGCGAUGGCGUGCCGUAUAGCAGUAAGAUGCAAUUGUGCACAGGCGUAGUAGUGGCGAUCGGCGACGGGUUGCCAUUAAGGCUGUGCGCGCCGUGUGUGGACGACCUCACGCGCGCGUUCAAGUUCGCGCAGCGUUGCGCGGCCGCCGACCGAGCGCUACGCACUGCGCCGCUGCAGCCCUCGCCCGUCAUCGCUCUAAAGCAUCAUGAGGAACUCGACUUUGCAAUCAAGGAAGAGCAGGUCGUAGCGGAGAUAAAGCAAGAGGUCACUGAAGAAUAUUACGAUGAUAACUUUCAAUCAGAAGAAACGCAAGACUAUACAGUGAAGAAAGUUGAUCAUCAAAAUCGUGAAGUCUGUGAUAGACUUUAUAGAGUGAAAAAAAGAUGCAAAAAGAAGAUGAAGCGAGGCAAAUUAGGUCCCAUACAGUGUGUUGUCUGUGGUUUGAUGACAGUGUGUCGUUCUGCAAUGGAGACACACAUGCGCACCCACACAGGAGAAAAGCCAUUCCCUUGUGAAUUGUGCAGCCAACGCUUUCCCAGCAAGGGUGCACUCAAAAGGCACUCCACUACCAACCAUUCCCAAAGAGAGCGGAAGUUCACUUGUGAGACUUGUGGCAACAGCUUUUAUACAAAGAGUGAUAUAAUAACGCACAUGCGCAUACACACUGAUGAGAAGCCAUAUGUGUGUCCUUUUUGUUCCAAGCCCUUCAGGCAGAUCGCUUCCCUAAUUCGACACAAGCGUGUGCACACAGGGGAGAAACCCUUCUCCUGCCCAGAAUGUGGCAAGAAGUUCAGUGAUAAGAACCUGGUGAACAAGCACCUGCACGUGCACAGUGAUGAGAGAAAGUUCAGCUGCCAUCUCUGCAAUAAAGCUGUGAAGACUAAAACUGCCCUCAAUACACACAUGAAGCUGCAUUCCAAUGAAAAACAAAACAUUUGCAACUUUUGUGGGAUGGCAUUCGCCAUGAAGGGUAACUUGCAGACCCAUAUUCGGCGUGUACACUCUGAAAAAUCGGGGCAGUGCUCAGUUUGCCUGAAGACAUUUUCUAACGUGGUGGAGCAUAUGCGCAAGCACACAGGCGAGAAGCCUUAUGCGUGCGGCACUUGCGCACAGGCAUUCGGCAGUAAGCGUGCGCUGGCCCAUCACACGGCCUUCAAGCAUGACAAUGUAGAUAAGUACAAGUGCUCAGCAGAAGCAUGCACACGCAGCUUCCCUACUGCCGUUAUGCUGCAGUUCCACCUGCUGAAGCAGCAUGCUCAGCAUACGCCAUUUGUGUGUGCGCAGUGCGCACGCGGCUUCUACCGCGCCAGCGAUUUAUCGCGACACCUGCGAGUCACACAUGCACAGACACUCAUUAAGGUGCAGAUAAAGACUCUCCACUCCUAAGUUACUAAAUUAGACCAGUAAAGAUUACAUUACUUUAUGGUAUUUAUAUUUUAUUACUAUAUAGUUUAGUUUUGGUAUGGUAGGCAUAUAAAAUAUUUGGGAGUCCAAAUUAUUUGUUAAAAAGUGCUCCAUAUGCUGUGUACAAAUUUACCGUUUAAAAAAAACCGACCUCAAAAGUUCAUGGAAUUACACCUAUUUGCCAAGUUUUAUGGAAACCAGUUGCUGGAAAUCGCGCGAAACCGGAUUCA